AUGAACAAUCAAGUUAUUUACAAAUUAUAUCAUACUAAUAGUCAAGGAGAAAUCUUCUAUGUCGAUAGUCAAGGCUGGAUUUUCAAUAUUAAUAAUUUGAAAUACCCAGUCCUAAAGGGUCAUCUAACCGACAUAAGCUUAAUGAACUCGAUAGGUGUUUUAACCUUAAACACGUAUCUUGCUGAAGUCACGACUCCUACUCCUAUAAAACAACACGGGUGCGCCUUCUGUAAAAAAGGAUUUCAAUCUCCGAGCGCGUUAAAAAUUCACUAUAACUCUCAUACCGGAGAAAGACCAUAUAUUUGUCAAGUUGAAGGAUGCGGAAAAUCCUACACGACAAUUAGUAAUCUUUAUCGUCACAACAAAAACCAUAAGUAG